ACUGUACUUCCAAUUUCGCCGGCGAAGAUGCAGCAGAGGAAGCCGACGGCGGGUAGACCCAGUGGUACCGAUGGAUCCGAUUUCUCAUACCGCAUGGUCGUUGACUCUCGUUACACGAAGGUCACUAAAGAAAAAUCUCGUCUCCGUCCUUUGAUCUUUCUUCAGGCUGCGAUUUAUAUAAUCGGAUUAUCGUGUGCGUUUCUGACAACAACUAAAAAGGAUGAGAGGAACACCCUUGCAAUUGCAGCUGCUGCUGCUGGCUUAGUAUCUUCAUUCAUAGGAGAAUUAGGUUGUAGACGCAGCAGAGUAAAUCUUUUGAGGCUCUACACGGCUGCAUCAACUAUUGUUAUGGUUCUUUCGGUGUUUUGUGCUGUUAGGAGCAGAUUAACAAUGGAGGAACGGAAUAGCACUGGAACAACCGCGAAGCUUGAGCUCGCAGGUUUCAUUUGUGCCCAAUUAGGAGCGGUUGUGCAGAUAUUAGUGAUCAUCGUUACGGGGUCCCUUGUCAAUAAUAUGUCUCCGCCUACGAAAGCAGCAUAGAGGAACAUGAAAUUUUGGCAUUGUCGUGUGUGCUUCUCUUACAUGAAGAAGAAAACUUAGAAUUUGUAAGUUUUGAACCGUUGUUUUCUCCACCAAAUGAUUAGUGUUAUACAUUACUUAAACUUUUUAAUUAAUCAUUCAAAAACAC